UUUGAUUCUUCAUUAUUUCUUUCGAAAAUCAGCAAAUUCAACCCAUCUCUUUCGUGCCUCAAGUUGUGGUUUUCGUUUCACCGAAGGAGGAUCGGAUGUUUUGAUUCAGUGUCUCUGUAUCAUCACGGUGGUCACUUAGAAUCGUAUUCGAUUUCAUAGUCUAUUUUACAGAAUUUACUCUUUGGUAAUGGGUUUUUGGUAAUGGGUUGUUAUGAAGCUUAUUUAAUCUCAACUGGGAAAUGGAACAGAUUGCGAACUAUGAACUCCGGUAUGUUGAUGAGUAUUAUAAUGUGAGUAACUUGGAUGAAGAGUCCUAUGGAGAUGCUGAUGGUAAAAGGAAUGGUUCUGAUGACUCUUUGAACUCAGAUGAGGACUUCGUGGAAGUGGCUAAACCAAAGACUGACACAUCAGCUCUGGAAGCUAGAAAUGGCAGGGAUGUCCAGGGAAUUCCAUGGGGGAGACUCAACUUUACUAGACAAAAGUAUCGUGAGACAAGAUUGAAACAAUACAAAAACUAUUCCAACUUAUGUUACUCUCGUGAAGAUCUGGAAAAGAUUAGCAAGAAAGUUGAGAAAGGCCACAACUUCUACCAAUUUCAAUACAACACAAGAAUUGUCAAGUCCACAAUUGUACAUUUUCAGUUGAGGAAUCUGGUAGCCGCAACAUCUAAACACGAUGUUUACCUGAUGCAAAGCUUCUCAGUAAAGCACUGGUCUGCCCUUCUUAAAACGGGAAAAGAAGUUUUGAAUGCAGCUAAACCAAUUGUCCCCUACCUAAAGUCAUCAAACACCUGUUUGUCCCAUCGGCUCCCAAGGGUUCAAAUAAGCACCAUGGCUGUUAAAGACAACCUUCUAGUUGCUGGUGGUUUCAAGGGGGAGCUAGUCUGCAAGUAUCUAGACCAAUCAAGGGUAGCCUUCAGCACAAAACUUUCACCGUCAGACGAUGAUGCAAUUACAAAUAACGUAGAGAUAUCGCUUAGUUCAUCCAAGGAGCAGAGGGUUAUAACUGCAAACAACGAUGCCAAAGUGCGAGUAUUCGAUACCUCUAAUUUCACAUGCCUCAACUGCUUCACCUACCCAUGGUCAGUCAACAACACAUCCAUCAGUCCCGACGGUAAAAUGCUCGCAGUCCUCGGGGACAAUUCAGAUUGCUUGAUUUCCGAUUCUGAAACGGGUAAGACUAUCGCCAAUCUUAAAGGACAUUUGGAUUAUUCAUUCUCGUCAGCAUGGAAUCCCGAUGGUAGGAUUGUUGCAACUGGAAACCAAGACACUACAUGCAGAUUAUGGGACGUGAGGAAACUAAAUGAGGCAGUUAUGGUUCUGAGGGGGAGAAUGGGUGCAAUCAGGGCUGUAAAGUUCUCGUUAGAUGGUCGGUUUAUGGCUAUGGCUGAACCUGCUGAUUUUGUUCACGUGUUUGACGUGAGAACGGGAUAUGAAAAUGUGCAAGAGAUUGAUCUGUUUGGGGAGAUUAGUGGAAUAUGUUUCAGUCCUGAUACUGAAGCUCUUUUUGUUGGUGUAUCGGAUCGUGUUUAUGGAAGCUUGUUAGAGUUUAAUAGGAUAAGCUAUAACAAUUAUCUCGAGACUGUUUUAUAGAUCUUAAAAAUCACGGAAUAAACUAGCGUGCCCCCAUCCCACUUCAGUUCAUACAACAGGUGACUUUCGAUCUCUUAGUAAGACUCUUAAUGGUUUGUUUUAGACUUUUUUGUAUCGAGAAAAGGGAAUUUGCCCAAGUUACUCUAUUGGGCUGUUAGCUUUGCUGGCUUUGUACCCAAAUAUGGUUUAUGCUUGUUUUUGUUUAUAGCUACAAAAUAUGCACCUGUAUUGAAGUUGGUUUUAC